UCCAAAACUCUGGACCUUGACAUCUAGGGCUGCAACUUCAGGACCCUAAGACCCUCCCUCCUCCUUACACACACACACACGCACGCACACACACACACGGGGCCUCCCAAACCCUUUGACCUCUACACUUGGUAAACCCCAAACUCCAGGACCUAGACACCUCGAGACCUUAAAACCUUGGAACCUCAAGACCCGGGAUCCUGAAAUCUGUGGAUCUUGACAUCAAUACCCUGGGACUCUGACAUCUGGAGAUUCUAAGCCACCUUUAUCCUGUGAACCAGGGAACUUAAAACUCUGGGAUCCUGGCACUCAGGGACUCCAAAAUCCCCUGGGAUUGGAUACUUGGGAACCUUCAAACCUGGUUUCCCAAUACCUGAGCCUUUUAAAACCCCAGGACUCUAUAAAAUCUGGUGGCCUUAAUGCUUGGUGACCCCGACGCACAAGGACUCCUGCAUUCGAGGGUCCUAAAAACCCAAGAUGACAACAUCUAGGGAGCUUGAUUUCUGGAUUGCUUGAGACUGGGUGGUCCUGAUACCCAGGGACUCUGACAUUUGGAACUCCUGAAAACUCCAGCCUCCCAACAUCUAGUCUCAAAAUUCUAGCAGGGCAGUUCCUCCAGAUGUGCAGACCCUGCGAGCCUUCACCACUGAGCUGGUUGUAGAAGCUGUGGUCCGUUGCCUGCGUGUGAUCAACCCUGCUGUGGGCUCCGGCCUUAGCCCCCUGCUGCCUCUUGCUAUGUCUGCCCGGUUCCGUCUGGCCAUGAGCCUGGCUCAGGCCUGUAUGGACCUGGGAUAUCCCUUGGAGCUUGGCUAUCAGAACUUCCUCUACCCCAGUGAGCCUGACCUCCGGGACCUGCUUCUCUUCCUGGCUGAACGUCUGCCCACUGAUGCCUCUGAGGACGCAGACCAGCCUGCUGGUGACUCAGCUAUCCUCCUCCGGGCCAUCGGGAGCCAAAUUCGGGACCAGCUAGCCCUGCCCUGGGUCCCACCCCUCCUUCGCACUCCUAAGCUGCAGCACCUCCAGGGUUCGGCCCACCAGAAGCCUUUCCAUGCCAGCAGGCUGUUCAUGCCUGAUUUGCUCUCCAGAGGAGAGCCCCGGGAGUUCCAGGCUAGUCCCCUGCUGCUACCAGCCCCCGCCCAGGUGCCGCAGCCUGCUGCGAGGGUGGCCUCGCUUCUUGAAUGCCACGCCAUCCAACUCUGCCAGCACACGGGCCGGGACCGCCCCAGGGAUGAGGACUGGGUCCACCGGGCAUCCCGCCUCCCCGUCCAGGAGGAUACUCGGGCUCAGCGGCAGCGGCUGCAGAAGCACUUGGCCGAGCAUCUGCGCCAGACCUGGGGCCGGCCAGGGCCCCCCCAACAAGCCCGAGACCUGGGAGAGCUGCUGCAGGCCUGGGGUGCUGGCGCCAGGACUGGUGCUCCCAAGGGCUCCCGCUUCACACAUUCAGAGAAGUUCACCUUCCAUCUGGAGCCCGAGGCCCAGGCAGCCCAGGUGUCAGAUGUGCCGGCCACCUCCCGGCGGCCUGAACAGGACACAUGGGCAGCUCAGGAGCAGGAGCUGGAGUCUCUUCGGGAGCAGCUGGAGGGAGUGAAUCGCAACAUUGAAGAGGUUGAAGCCAACAUGAAGACCCUGGGAAUCAGCCUCGUGCAGGUGGAGACCGAGUGUCGGCAGAGCAAGCUCAGCACAGCGGAGCAUGAGCAGGCCCUGCGCCUGAAGAGCCGGGCGGUGGAGCUGCUGCCCGACGGGGCUGCCAACCUUGCCAAGCUGCAGCUCGUGGUAGAGAGCAGUGCCCAGCGGGUCAUCCACUUGGCAGGUCAGUGGGAAAAGCAUCGUGUUCCGCUCCUUGCUGAGUACCGCCACCUCCGAAAGCUCCAGGACUGCAGAGAGCUGGAAUCUUCUCGACGGCUGGCAGAGAUCCAGGAGCUGCACCAGAGUGUUCGGGCAGCUGCUGAAGAGGCCCGCCGGAAGGAGGACGUCUAUAAGCAGCUGAUGUCAGAGCUCGAGACCCUGCCCAGAGACGUGUCUCGGCUGGCCUAUACCCAGCGCAUCCUGGAGAUUGUGGGCAACAUCCGGAAGCAGAAGGAAGAGAUCACUAAGAUCUUGUCUGACACGAAGGAGCUUCAGAAGGAAAUCAACUCCCUGUCUGGGAAGCUGGACCGGACGUUUGCGGUGACUGAUGAGCUUGUGUUCAAGGAUGCCAAAAAGGACGAUGCUGUUCGGAAGGCCUACAAGUAUCUAGCUGCCUUGCAUGAGAACUGCAGCCAGCUCAUCCAGACCAUCGAGGACACGGGCACAAUCAUGCGGGAGGUUCGAGACCUUGAGGAGCAGAUUGAGACGGAGAUGGGCAAGAAGACCCUCAGCAACCUGGAGAAGAUCCGUGAGGACUACCGAGCCCUUCGCCAGGAGAAUGCUGGCCUCCUGGGCCGGGUCCGUGAGGCCUGAGCAGCCCCCAGCAGAGGUCUCCCCCAGGCCUCAGGCAGGGAUUUGGGGUGCUGGGGGCACUGGCCAAGCACUGGCCUGGGCCAUGCCCUCUGCUUGUGGUCCAGUUCCUCCUGCUGUAGUCUUGGCCCCAGACCCUUGCCCACCUGACCCCAACCCUUAUCUGGGGCGACCAUCCAGAGUGUGGAAGCUCAGCUGCAGUUUAUUGCGGAGGGUGCUGGGGGUUGGGGCCUUGGAUCUCAAAUAAAUGAGGGGCUCUGUCUGCAGUCUAA